CCACGUUGAUAAACGUUGAUGAGUGGUCGCGCAAUAUGGCAAACCUUCCCUUGUCAGUAUCAGUGAACUGGAAAGUACUCCUGCUCGGGUUACUCGUCACAGCCUCUGUAUUGUACUAUUUCUCAGCCUCACUGUUCAAAUCGACGCCAUCAUCCAAGCCAACAAUGGUCUCGACAGGAUAUUUAGACAUCGAGGGCAGCAAAGAAGCAAUCUUCUAUAGACAUGUCAAUCCAGAAAACGCGAAAAUGAGCUUGUUGUUUCUUCACGGGCAGGCUUUCAAAUCUAAGACAUGGCAAGAUAUAGGAACACUAGACUUUCUAAGCAAGAAGGGGUAUCGCGUAAUGGCAAUUGAUCUACCGUCUUUCGGGAAUUCCAAAAUGAAGUUGCCCGUCUCCAUGAAAGAAAGAGGUGAGCUGUUGGACAAGUUGAUUUCCUUGUUGGAAUUACACUACCCGGUGCUUGUGGCGCCCUCCAUGAGCGGUUCAUUUGCUUUACCUUUUAUAUUUUCUAACGAUAAUGCAAAGAAGCUGCGAGGGUUUAUCCCGAUCGCACCCGUGCACACAGAUCAAUACAAACCAGAACAAUACAAAAGUCUGAAAUUAAAAACAAUGAUAGUGUAUGGUCAGGAUGAUAAACAGCUGGGCUUACAGUCUUUGGAAAGACUGAAGAACAUUCCAGAACGUUUGAUCAAGCGGAUUGAUGGCGCUGGUCAUGCCUGCUAUAUGAAUAACACAGCAGAGUUUCACAGCUACUUGGAGGAAUUUCUAGAAAGUUUAGAAAAAACUUCUGUUGGGAAGUUAUAAAAUGGCUGAGUCAUCCUGAUGCCUGAUCUCAUUUCAGGAAACUAUUUCUAUCAUUAUACAAAGGUUAAAGAAAACUGCAUAGUCUGUGACUGCUUUGAACUACAACCAGGGGCAUUUAGAAAAAAAAAUGGGGUCAAGAGUAGUAAGUCUCUGACCACAGAUGAAUUAAGGUCAAAUCAGCAUCCUUAGCUCUAGAAACAGAUCACUAGAUCCAUCUAGAAGCUUUUUCUAUCCAAAUACACAUAUAAAAUUGAUCAUCUUCUUACCUACAGUACACACAGUCAACCUGAUUUGAGCCCAUCUCAUCACAUGGGUAGGGUCUGAACCCCCUCUGGAUGUGCCUGACAACGAAGCAUACUCCAUUCUGUUCAAUUGUCUUGAUUGUCGCAAAUAUAUGUGCAACCUUUGUGUAGCUGCUACCAAGAAGUCAGCAUCUAGUAGCAUCUACAGAAGGUCAGGGAUUAGAGUCCUUGCAAUGGUACUAUUUUCUUUUCUGUAUACCAUAAUAUACAGUACUACACCAAUAACCUGAAUUCCUUGUUAAGUCAAACUGCCUUCAAGUUCCUUAGAGAGUAAUUUUCAGCCAUUUCUACUCAGAUUACUUGAACGCUGCCUAACUCUUACAGCUUUUUAUUCCCCUUGAGUGUUUGAGUUUCCCAGUAGUCAGGUACUUGUCCUGUGUCUAUUGUUGGCAUAAAAAGCUCUUGGAUAGCUCUAUAGACCAUUUAUAUCUAUUGUACCAUAUAACUUGUUUAUUUGAGUGUGAUGGGCAAUUGAUAAGAUUAGGAGUUGAUAAAAGUGAACUAUUGUACAUUGUGGUACAGCCAAGGUCCUGGGUUGUGAUUGCCUCCCCCACCACAAUUGAUUACCUUCUAUUGCCUCCCACCUCCCUAUUUCUGAUGUUAUAUUUUACAGGGAAAGGAAGAAAAAAAAACAAGAAAUAAUGUGUAAUAGUAGUUAAGUGAAAUCAUGUUUGAAAUAAUCAUACAUUAUUAUGUACUGUACUAUCUAUAAAACACCUCAAUCAUACAGUUUUCUUGUAUGUAGAAAUAUUUUUUUUGACAAUUGCUGUCAUAUGUUGUGUAUGUAGCAAAGGUAUCAGGCGAUUUUAUUUUUCAAAUGUUGGAGAGAAAAAAAUAAAACUAUGCCUGACACAAA